GGAGCUACAGGCUGGGAUGUGCAGCGUGGGAAAGCAUUGGGGGAACUGAUGUUGCUGUUGUGUGAUACAGGAGCCGGCUUUCGUUCUGCCAGUCCUGCUCACAUCCACAGGGCACUUCUGUCUAUCUAUACUUUCCUCUUGUUCCCAUCCGUGGGCAUAGCACCGGCUCUUGUGAUUCUCCAGAGGGAUAUAACUACUACUAAUAACCUCACCAUUUGCCUGGCAAUGAAGAGACCUUGUGAUGACACCAGCUCUGACAGUGACAUAGAUGAAACCAUUGAUGUAGGAAGUGAGAAUAAUUACUCUGGGCACAGUAGUGGAUCUCUUAUUCGAUCCAAUUCUCCAACAACAACCUCUCAGAUCAUGGCCAGGAAGAAACGUAGAGGGAUUAUAGAGAAACGCCGGCGUGACCGUAUCAAUAACAGCCUGUCUGAAUUAAGGCGACUUGUGCCGACUGCCUUUGAAAAACAAGGCUCUGCCAAGUUGGAAAAAGCUGAAAUUCUCCAGAUGACUGUGGAUCAUUUAAAGAUGCUGCAGGCAACUGGAGGCAAAGGUUAUUUUGAUGCACAUGCUCUGGCAAUGGACUUCAUGAGCAUUGGAUUUCGGGAAUGUUUAACAGAGGUUGCAAGAUACCUUGGUUCUGUUGAAGGCCUGGAUUCAUCAGAUCCCCUGAGAGUACGGCUUGUCUCCCAUCUUAGCUCUUGUGCCUCUCAAAGGGAAGCAGUAGCCAUGACAUCAACAGUUGCACCGCACCAGCACUCCCUGCAUCCCCAUCACUGGGCUGCAGCAUUUCACCACCUCCCCGCUGCCUUGCUCCAGCAGAAUGGACUCUCUUCCUCAGACAACAUGACCUGCAGACUUUCCACAGCUACAGAAUUGCCAUCACAACAUGGGUCUGCACUCCUCACAGCAACAUUUGCCCAUGCUGAUGCUGCUCUCCGAGUGCCUGCUGCAGGCAGUGUACCUCCAGGUGUUCCUCCUCUGUCUACCUCCUUGCUUUCCCUCUCUGCCACAGUCCACGCUGCAGCUGCAGCUGCUGCACAGAGUUUUCCUCUUUCCUUUGCUGGAGCAUUUCCAGUCCUUCCUCCAGGAGCAGCAGCAGCAGCAAUGGCAGCAUCUGCUGCAACAGCAAUUGCUUCACCUUUGUCUUUAACUUCAAGUCCACGGCAGGCUGGUGGAAAUGUAAGCAGUAAGCCUUACCGGCCCUGGGGAACUGAAGUUGGGGCUUUCUAAUUUUCCUCGGACUUGUUAAAAUUUUUAAAUAAUUGCUGGAACAUUAACAUAGCAAAACUGUAUUGUGGUGUAUAAAGUUCAAAAGCCCCAUGGAGUGCAGGAACAAUGUGACUGUCUCCGUCUGAAGUUGGAGACUGGAAUUUUUGAAACCUCUGUAAAGCAAAUUUUCUUUCAAAUGGAUAUUCAUAUUUGCAAAUCACCUGUCCACUAAUGUCAGUGGACAGCAGUUGCUAGAUCAGUUCCAGCUUGUCACUAUGUGCAAAAUAUGUCAUCCUUAUCAUUAUGUCACACAAAGAUGGGCAUAAGAGUCAGAUCUGGUCUGUCACAAGAAUAUAUGUCUACAUGGAAAAUGCCCCAUGUUAUUAUAGAUUACAGCUACCUUAGUAUAAGCAAAGCAUGCAUGAUGUUAGCAACUUAAAUAAGUAAUUAGUGUUCCAAGCGUCAAGAGUCAGCACCUAAGGAAUGUUAGCUACAUCAAAUAUUUAAAGGUAGGUAUGUAUUCUUAAGCUGGCCAUACACGUGGCGAUCUGACGAUGUUUCGUGCAACAAACA